AUGUCGCCUUUCAAUUUUGUUCUCAAUACCGCUUUCAUUCUUUCUUCGAUAUCGACUUCUUUUGCUGCAGUCUGCAAUGACCAAACUAGAGCUUCUGGGGAUCCCUCCGGAGAGGAAUUGACUGCAUUCCUCAAUUCUCAAGAUCAAAUCUCCCAAUUUUGUUCGGUGGAUGUAUCAGGGAUGACUUCAGGGACUGUUAACUUCUCAGACUUCAAGGUCUCUUUUGAGCGCAGUGAUAGCUAUAAUCCAACCCUGGAACAUUGUACGGAAGCACUCCAGGAUAUCAUGUCCCAAUGCGUUGAGCCUUCCGAUCCAGGAACUUAUGGAGGAAGCUCAACAUUUGAGAACGGAGAAACAUACACAAUCAGCAACGACUUAUAUCCUCAAGCACCAGCAGUCUCUGUAAAUCUGGAGAACCGAGCAGUGGAAGACGCUGCGAAAGCUAGGACUCAUAAAACUACUACAAAGGCGACUGCUAAAACAACCAAAACAACCCCUAAAACAACUGUAGCACAAGCAACUACUAGUCCAAAAACUACAGCAACUACUCCAAAGCCGACUCCGACUUCUGUGACUACAAGUCCGAAAACCACACAAACUACCCCUACUACCCCUACUACAUCUAAACCAUCGACUACCAAGACGAGUUUAUCUUCAGAAACUCCAAAAACGACAGCAGCUUCCACUAGUUCCAAAACUACGCAGACAAUCCCCACUACUUCGAAAUCCUCCACAUCCACUAUCAAGACGAGUGUAGCUUCCGAGACCCCCAAAACAACAUCUGUAGCCACUACUUCAAAAUCUACCAGUUCCAGUAGUCUCUCAACAAAAAGCUCUUCCUCGACCGGCCUAACUAGUCCAUCUUCCCAAACCCCUAAGACAACCCCUGUAGCCACGACUUCAAAACCUCUAGUCACCACCUCGAUAACAUCUCAAUUAUUGACUGCCAAUACAAACCCUUCCUCAGCAACUCCCAAAUCCACAAUUUCGCAAUCCACUGAAUUCGUACCUACGACUUCGGGAUCCACAAUUUCUAGCAUUAUCUCCUCUAGUCAAAUUUCGACAAAGGAAAGUGGUACUAGCACUAGCACUACUUCUAUUCCCACCAUCACACCCGGCGCGUCCACCUCAAGCAAGCCAUCACUAAGCAAUAUCCCAUCUUCCCUCUCAACCACCAAACUCUCCACCUCAAGCCUCGAAAUAUCUUCCCAGAUCCCCGAGUCAACUAGCACUCCUUCACAAUCUACAUCCACAAAAUCCGUCUCGGUGGAAACUUCCUCGCAGAAAAGUACAUCACAAACCGAUUCUUCAUCUAGUAGUAAUAUCCAUACUUCCAGUCUCUCAUCCACCAGUUCCCUCUCAAGCGGAACAAAAAUCCCCACCUCAACAUCUCUUACUUCUACCCCCAAUACCCUCGAACAGACUCCAACUCCCUCCUCACCCCCAGAAUCCCUUCCCGCAACCAAAUCAAGCAUAUCUCACGAGUCUAGCGGAACAACCCCCACUACCCCCUCCACUCCCGCAACUAUCUCAGAACUCCCAAGUAGUGCACAGAUCCAUUCCUCCUCCUCAAUAAUAACAUCUUCCCUCACAUCCCUUUUUUCCAAUUCCAUCCCCGAAAUCACACCCGGAACCACAAUUUCCAGUUCCUCCGCCAUUGUUUCUUCGAUUCUUGGUGAAUCAACUAAUUCCGCUGCGCAUUCUGGUAAUACUAUCGAGAGUAAUACAAUUCCCUCAUCAAUAAUCACCUCUAGAAUUUCGAGUCAAUCGUUAGCGUCUUCUUCAAACCCCGAAAUAACACCUUCUCCAUCUACUUCAUUCUCCGAAUCAACUUCGCAAGUAAUCUCGACCGAAACUCAUAUAUCUUCCGGACAAACAGAAAUUACACCUUCGCCUUCUCCCUCUAACCCCACAUCCCAGGUAAUUUCUACUGGAUCCCUCACAUCUUCCAUCCAGCCCGAAAUCACACCACAUUCCUCGGAAUCUUCGGUUUCCGGAACCAUCUCUUCGAGUAUUAUCUCCGAGGCGAUCCCUAAAAGUACUUCCACCGAACCUGAAAUCACAGCUUCCCCCUCCAACCCACUAUCCUCACAAAUUGUUUCUCCGUCUCCUAUCUCCGAGCCACUCCCUCAAAGCAUUUCAACCACUUCCCUAACGUCUCCGACCCAACCCGAAAUCACACCUGCUCCUUCCAACCCCUCUACUUCCGAAGUUAAUCCAUCGACUUCAGAAACCGAAUUCAGUUCGCAGAGCAUUUCCACAGGAUCUCUCACCUCUUCCGUAGAGCCUGAGAUUACUCCAUCUCCAUCUCCAUCGGAAACAUCUGAGCCAUCCGAACCCGUCGAAACCUCCGAACCGGUCGAAUCACCCGAUCCAAUUGAAACAUCCCAGCCAGACACCACAGACAGUAUUCCAACCGAAACUGCCAUUGCAUCAUCAACUUCAGCUCCCUUACCCACAUCAAUCGCUUCAUCUGCUGCGUGUACAGCCACCACAGGAGGAAAUUGCUCUACAUGUUAUCAAUACCCUGGUUCUGGCGAUAUCUCGCCUUCUCUCUCCAACAGUACUACUUUGGAAUCUCGCAAAUUGCCACCAUCAAUUGCUGGUCGUAUAUCUACUACCAAACUAUAUCCAAAGGUAUCCAAACGAGCCACUGGAUCAUUUACUUCGUUUGACGCUGCCAAUUUGUGUGUUUUUGGUUCCGUGGAUGUUCCUUCUAUUCCUGAUGCAUCUACUCUAGUCAGCAAAGCAGGCACUCAAACAGAAUACUGGUAUGUUUUGCAAGAUACUCCUGUGAACGCAACGACCUGUCCCGCACUUGGCUUUACAAAAGUUACCGAUGCAGCGCUUGCUUCUCAAUUGAUAAAUUCGAAUGCGGUUGGGUAUACAAAGGCUGGAUCAGGAAUUAGUUGGAAGGCGAAUGCUCCUACCGUUGACGUAGAUAGUGUUUACGAUUCAACAAUCCUGCAAAGCUUCUUUGCAAGUAGAGUUAACAGCAGCAACUGUGGAGCUUUCAAGGCUAUUUUUGAUAAGCCAGAUACUGUCAAUGCAGGAAAAUCUAGGUUACAGACUAUUUGGAAUGCACUCCCUAGUGAUACCAAUCCCGAUUAUGCUGGAAUAGAUCAAAAGAUAAGCACCGUCAAAGCACAAGCUUUCACAGGUGAAUUGCAACAAAGUUAUACCAGUAACGAUGCGAAAUUAGCAUAUAUUUCCGAAUUGGCCGUGGCAAUGGCCAUAACCAAUGAUGAUGCCAUCGCGAGUCUAUUCCAAAGCACCAAUCUCCGUAUUUACAAGGCACUACUUGCUAUCGAUGCCGUUAUUGGUGCUGAUGCCGUUAUUGGAGCUACCAAUAGUACCACCACGAGUGGUAUUAAGGCAGACUGGGCAUCAACCUACCGCACCUACCUCACUAGCUUCCUAACCACCCGCUCCUCGAACAUCCUCUCCCGAGUCUCUAGCUAUCUUGAUAAUGAUCUUGGACCUGCUGCCAGAAAUGAUAAUGUUACACUUUCAGAUGGAACGGUUUCGACAACUGAAAAUUCCAUUGGAAAGGGUGUUGACGCUUUACUAAAUGCGUAUCCUCUGGCUACUGCUUUCACAUUCAACCAGGCCAAAUUAUUAGGAUUUCCUAGCGUAAAUGAGAGGAUUAAUAGGAGAUUGGAUGAAGAGGGGUUGAGAGAGGUAUUGGAGUUUAUGAGAAAGGAGGGGAGAGUGGAGUGGAUUGGCGGAGGGGGGAAUGGGAAAGUAGGUGGAGAUAUAUGUUGGGUUUGGUGGAGGAAGGUAGAUGAAUGGGCGAGAGUUAUUGAGGAAUGGGUUGAUGAGACGGGACAGAGAGGGAGUGUAUUGACACUUUAUGAGUUGGUUGAGGGAGAGGGAGGCAGGGGUGCUGAAUUCCACGGUCUAGAUACGGAAAUACUACAAAAAGCAUUGGCGAUACUGGUGAAGAGGGGAAAAGCGCAGGUUUUCGGACAGGAGGAUCAACAAGGUUGCGUAGUCUCACAAGAAAGUAACCAGAGUCAAAACGACUCUUUCGGGAGCAAGGCCGACCCAAAGAUCACAAUCCGAACCAAGCUACAAGUAGCCAGAAAGUCGAAAGGAAAUUUGAAGGCAACUGCUAGUUUGUAG